UUCACUUCCUCUUUCACAUUGUGGGAAUAGGCCAUUAUGAAUCCAAUUUUAUUUUGAUGACGACGAUGAUGGGGUAAUGAUGAUGAUGAUGAUGAUGAACACACAGACAGAAACACACACCCAUCCCCCACCCUAACCUGGUAGUUGGAGGAAUAUUUCGAAGGGGUGGUCUUGAGAUGCAAUGUUUUGAGCGGGGAGAGAGAAACGCUGUUGCCGCAACCAUUCUUCCUCCCUCCGGUUCCCACCGCUCUUUCCCUCGCUCACUUCAAAGUCCACCUAUCGUAGGCGUGGAGAACCUCUCGUGCGUCGCACACGGAGACCGUGCCUGUUGGAGACGCGCUGCAUCCGCUCCACGGGAAGAUGGAGAAACGGCAAGCACAGUUUUCCCAAUGUAGAGAACAAGAAACCAAGGAAAGCUGUCAUUUAUGAUGCAAAUAGUGCUUUACCGUCGAUAGGAACUUAUUUUAGCGAAAGGUGUGCUCUGAUCUGCUGAAGGAACAUGGAUGUGUCUGGGGGCCAGCAGCAGUAUGGAGGAUCUAAGAAGAGGGUGAAGAUCCACCCCAAUUCCGUCACAGUGAAAUACGCCACCCACUUCCCCCAGCCUGGAGACGAGGGUUACGACGAUGCUCCGUCCUUUGAAGACUUUGGGUCGUUUGCAGAGGCCAGCCCUGCUAAGAGACUGGUGACAGACAGUAGUAGGAGGACUUUCUUUGGCACCAUAGAGACCCCCUGUCCGCUAGGGGGGAAGGGGCCAGCGGGGGGAGGGGUGGAGCCCCAGAGCCGGGACAAGGGGGUCGGGGGGCAGCUGGCUAGCUUCGGGGAGGCCAACGUCCUGGCGUCCCGGGUCACCUGGAUGGCGUUGUUCGGGGCAGCGGUGGCUCACGGCUGCGUUGCUCUGAUCACACGGCUGGCGGCGGACCGCUCCAAAGUGCCGUCCCUGGAGCUGAUCUUCAUCCGGUCUGUGAUCCAGGUCCUGUCCAUCACAGUGGUGUUUUAUAACCAGGAGGAACCCUUCGGCCCGAAGGGGUACCGCCUCCGGCUCUUCUUCUAUGGUGUCUGCAACGUUAUCUCCAUCACCUGCGCCUACACCGCCUUCGCCAUCGUGCCGCCCAGCAACGGUACCAUCAUGUGGCGCGCAACCACCACGGUGUUCAGCGGCGUGAUGGCCUUCCUGUUGUUAGACGAGAGGCUGGGCUACACGGACGUGGUGACGGUGGUGGGCAGCGUGUUCGGCCUGUGUCUCGUCAUGAUCCCCAAUGUGGCUGACGAGGAGAAGUCCCGCCUCACCUUCUGGAAGGAGGCGUUCGGCUACACCAUGACGGUGAUGGCCGGCCUCACCGGAGCCCUGUCCAUGAUCGUCUACCGGGCCAUCAAGGAGCGCGUCAGCAUGUGGACAGCCCUGUUCACGUUCGGCUGGACGGGCACGGUGUGGGGCGCCUCCACUAUGUUCGUUAUGCAGGAGCCGAUCAUCCCCCUUGAUGGGGAGACGUGGGGCUACCUCACAGGGAUCUGUAUCUGUUCCACCGUGGCGUUCCUGGGGGUCUACUACGCCCUCAACAAGUUCCACCCCGCCCUGGUGAGCACCGUGCAGCACCUGGAGAUAGUGGUGGCCAUGUUGCUUCAGCUUAUGGUGCUGCGCAUGGUCCCCUCCAUCUACGACGUCAUCGGGGGGCUGGUCAUUAUGGCCAGUGUGUUUACUCUAACGGGAGUGAAGCUGUAUAGGGUCAGCCGGGCUGUACGGCAGGACUACCAGGAGAUACUGAACUCACCCAUUAAAUAGAGCCUGGACUACAUCUCUCUCUCUCUUUCUCCAUGUCCCUCUCUCUCUCUCUCUCUCUCUCUCUCGCUGUCUUUUCCUCUCCCUGUCUCUCUCUCUCUGUCUGUCUCUCGCUGUCUUUCUCUCUCUCUCUCUCUCUCUGUCUCUAUUUCUCUGUCACUCUCUCCUCUCAAUUCAAUUCAAAGGGCUUUAUUGGCAUUGGAGACUUAUGUUUACAUUGCCAAAGCAAGUGAGGUAGAUAAUAUACAAAAGUGAAAUAAAUAAUGAAAAUGAACAGUAAACAUUAAAGAAUAAAGACAUUUCAAAUGUCAUAUUAUGUCUAUAUACAGUGUUGUAAUGAUGUGCAAAUAGUUAAAGUACAAAAGGGAAAAUAAACAUAAAUAUGGGUUGUAUUUACAAUGAACUAAAAGAAUAGAGACAUCUCUCUCUCUCUCGCUCUCCCUCCCAAUCUCCCUCUCUUUCUCUCUCUCUAAAUUCAAUUCAAUACACUUUAUUGGCAUGACGUUACUAAUGUGCAUAUUGCCAAAGCUUUGGAGAUUUACAAUAUUACCAUAAAAAAAGAGUAAUAAUCAAUGUUGUCAACGGGACAAAAGUAACAACAAUAACCAAGGAUCAAAAUAACCAUUGGACAAUAACAGUAAGCAUAGAGGACAUGUGCAGGUUGGUUGGUCUGUCAGACACUGUCCCUCAUAUUAUAGUCUGCCAGACACUGUCCCUCAUCCUAUAGCAGGCAGCAAUGGUCUGUCAGACACUGUCCCUCAUAUUAUAACAGGCAGCAAUGGUCUGUCAGACACUGUCCCUCCUCUUAUGGCAGGCAGCAAUGGUCUGUCAGACACUGUCCCUCAUCUUAUGGUCUGUCAGACACUGUCCCUCAUCUUAUGAAACAUAUGUCCCUCUCUCUGUGUGUGUGUGUGUCUCUCUCUCUCUCUCUCUCUCUCUCUCUCUCUCAGUGUGUCUCUCUGCCUCUCUCCCCCUCUGUCUCUCUCUGUGUCUCUCUCCCUCUCUCUGUGUCUCUGUCUCUGUGUCUCUCUCUCUCUCUCUGUGUUUCUCUCUCUCUCUCUGUGUCUCUCUCUGUGUGUCUCUCUGUUUCUGUCUCUCACUCCCUCUGUCUCUCUCUCUCUCUCUCCAUCUCUGUCUCUCACUCCCUCUGUCUCUCUCUCUCUCUCUCCAUCUCUGUCUCUCUCCACCUCUCUCUGUCUCUCUGUUUCUCCCCCCCUCUCUGUCUCUGUCUCUCUCCACCUCUCUCUGUCUCUCUCCACCUCUCUCUGUCUCUCUCUCUCCCCCUCUCUCUGUCUCUCUCUCUCUCUCUCUCCACCUCUCUCUGUCUCUCUCUCUAAAUGUUGCCCGGUUACAUGUACAAUUUGAAGAAUGUCUGUUGAAAUCUUCACAUAUUUAUUUUGUAUUGUUCGUUGACUUGGAGGAGUGCCAACUGUGUAAUGUCUUUGCUAAAGUUCUAUUUGUCUGUGAAAUAAAGACACGAUGUGAAACGA